UAUAGGCUAUGUGACACACCGCACUGUCAGUUUUCAACACACUGAACAUGGCACAACUUUUAUGUUUUGCGCUGCUGCUGUGCAGCGCGGCUCCGCUUGCGGCAGCACCGACCGGAAGUACCUACCUGCCGGGCGCAGGCAGGUUCUGGCACAUCACAGACCUCCACCUGGAUCCCACCUACCACCUGGCCCCAGAUCCAACCAAAGUUUGCUUCUCCUCCAAAGGAGCCCCAGCCACCCACGCCGGCCUGUACGGGGACUUUCUGUGUGACUCUCCCUACCGCCUCAUCCAGUCAGCCUUCACUCACAUGGCACCGCUCACACAGCAGCAAGACUUCAUCAUAUGGACUGGUGACAGUCCACCUCACGUCCCCGUAGAUGAGCUCUCCACGGACACAGUGAUCCAGGUGAUCAGUAAUAUGACCCAGACCAUCAGACAACACUUCCCCAACCUGACAGUUUAUCCUGCCCUGGGGAACCACGACUACUGGCCACAGGACCAGCUGCCGACGUCCACUAACGCCAUCUACAAAGCCGCUGCCCAGCUGUGGAAACCCUGGCUGCAGACUGAAGCUCUGCUCACUCUCUCACAAGGUGGUUUCUACUCCCAGCUGGUUAAGCCUGGUUUGCGGGUGGUUAGUCUCAACACUAUCCUUUACUACGGACCUGAUAAAGCCACGAGUAACAUGACAGACCCUGCUGGACAGUUCGAGUGGCUGGAGAAAACUCUGGAGACAGCAGCUCAGAGCCUGGAGAAGGUGUACAUCAUAGCCCAUGUGCCAGUGGGCUACCUGCCCUUUGCCAGAAACACCACUGCUAUAAGAGAGAGCCACAACGAGAGGCUGGUUUCCAUCUUCAGGCAGUACAGUCAUGUGAUUGCAGGUCAUUUCUAUGGCCACACCCACCGCGACAGCAUCAUGGUGCUGUUGGACCAGAAAGGUAAACCUCUGAAUUCUCUUUUUGUGUCACCGGCUGUUACACCAAUCAAACAUGUUCUGGAGCCAUACUCUAACAACCCAGCUUUCCGCGUGUACUUGUACAACCCCAAGGACUAUGCCGUAUUGGAUAUCUGGCAGUACUAUUUGAAUCUGACGGAAGCCAACGAGAAACAAAGAUCUGACUGGAGGCUUGAAUAUAUCAUGACUGAGGCUUUUGGACUGACUGACCUGCAGCCACAAAGCCUGCUCCAGCUGGGCCUGAGCUUCAGGCUGCCGCAGACCAAAGCCUUUGACAGGUAUUUCAGUAACUACAUGGUCAGCUACAACAGCAGUAUCACCUGUGAGGGAGACUGUAAGGUCAGCCAGGUGUGCGCUGUGCUCUACCUGGACCAGCUGUCCUACUCCAAAUGUGUCGCAAAGGAAGAAUGGUAGCGUGAACGUGGAUCAAAGUGGAGGAUUGCCAAGGGAUUUGUCUCAGGCUCAAAUCAUGAAAUUAAUUUAAGAUAUAAUGCAAAAUGCAAUGACACGGAAAUUGUGUGACUUGUUGCACAGAAAUGAAAUAAGCGAGCAGGUAAUCAUGUUACAUAUCACACAGAUAGUAUUGGUUUUAAUUUAUCUACUAAAUAAAGAUAUUUUUUAUAGACUGCUUUAACCACCUUGUCUGUUCGUUGCCUUCGUGUGUUACAGAUUUUAAAAAUAGAAACUUAACUGCAGGGCUGUAAGAGUUGCUAACUUAAAGCCACAGUGAAACUUGUGCAGGCUUGUUUGUCUCUGCAGGGGACGCAAAGGAACAGCGACUAACCUCAUCUGACCCUCUCACUUCAAUUUCAACCCCCUCCCUCCAGCACCCCCCUGAUCUUUUUCUUCUCCUGUCCAAACUUUUCAGAAACUCCUCUCGUUUCUCAGCCACCACCCCAAGCAUUUGCCUCUCUCCUCCUCCCCUCCACCCUCCCAGCUCUCCUCUCCCUUUGCCUCCCUCCCCAAAUACUGAUUACUCCUCUCUUAAAGCUUCACCAGCUUUUUUUAAUGUAAAAUGCAGCGACCCAGAUCACUAAAAGUUGGGAUACGACAGAAAUGAGCCAGAUGAAGACUGUUUAAAUUAGAUUUCUGCACCAGCACACAUUCUCAGCAGAGAUGUUCUGUAGAGCAGUGUUUCCCAGCAUGGAGGGGGGGCUAAUAAGAUGCAAAAUCAGGAAAAUCAUGUUUCCACAGUUUUUAGACUUGUUUCUCAUCUUCAUUGUAUUUGUUGUGAAUUACAGAAUAAUCUUCUCUCCUCAGAGGCCUAAAAGUUAUUCAAAUAAACCAAACAUGGACGGAUGGAUUACCUUCUCAUUAAGGUGGUCUCAACCUGAAGAUGUAACGAUCAUGAGCCGGGGGUAAAACGUAACCCUGUUAAAGAAAUUUGCAUUUACAUGACAUGAAAAGAUUUCUCCUCAGAAUUAUUUGGAUUCCCCAAAGUGUAAUGACGAUUUAGAUAUGUUUGGACACGUAUGUCAUAUUAUUCAAAACUUCAGAUGGAG